CUUCCCGCGGGACCGUGGUGAGGCGGCUGCGUGCGUUCCCGCGCGGGUCCCGGCGAUGUCGGCGCGGGGGUCCACGCCCGCAGUCCUCGGCCUCGGGUCCUGCCCGCUCCGCCUCCUCCUCCUGCUUCAGUUGGUCGCCGGGCGCUGGGGCCCGGCCGGCGCCGGGGGCGGCGCGCCUGGAGGAUUAGCUGAACCAUCCAUUGUUGCAAAACAUGAAGAUAGUUUGUUUAAGGAUUUAUUUCAAGACUACGAAAGAUGGGUUCGUCCUGUGGAACACCUGAAAGACAAAAUAAAAAUAAAGUUUGGCCUUGCAAUAUCUCAAUUAGUGGAUGUGGAUGAAAAAAAUCAGUUAAUGACAACGAAUGUCUGGUUGAAGCAGGAGUGGAGAGAUGUAAAGUUAAGAUGGCACCCUGGCGACUACGGUGGAAUAAAAGUUAUACGCGUCCCUUCAGACUCUCUCUGGACCCCAGACAUUGUUUUGUUUGACAAUGCAGAUGGACGUUUUGAAGGGGCCAGCACGAAAGCGGUCGUCAGGUACGACGGCACGGUCACCUGGACUCCGCCCGCAAACUACAAGAGUUCCUGCACCAUAGAUGUCACGUUUUUCCCGUUUGAUCUCCAAAACUGCUCCAUGAAAUUUGGUUCUUGGACUUACGAUGGAUCACAGGUUGAUAUAAUUUUGGAGGACCAAGAUGUGGACAAGAGAGAUUUUUUUGACAAUGGAGAAUGGGAGAUUGUGAGCGCAACGGGAAGCAAAGGAAACAGAACGGAUGGCUCCUGCUGGUACCCUUAUGUCACCUACUCAUUUGUAAUUAAGCGUCUGCCUCUCUUUUACACCUUGUUCCUUAUUAUACCCUGUAUUGGGCUCUCGUUUUUAACUGUGCUUGUCUUCUAUCUCCCCUCAAAUGAAGGUGAGAAGCUCAGUCUCUGCACGUCAGUCCUGGUCUCUCUGACUGUCUUCCUUCUGGUUAUUGAAGAGAUCAUACCCUCGUCUUCUAAAGUAAUACCUCUGAUUGGAGAGUAUCUGGUGUUCACCAUGAUCUUCGUGACGCUGUCGAUCAUGGUGACUGUCUUCGCUAUCAACAUCCACCAUCGCUCUUCCUCAACACACGAUGCGAUGGCACCUUGGGUCCGCAGGAUAUUUCUCCACAGGCUCCCCAAACUGCUGUGCAUGAGAAGUCAUGCAGACAGGUACUUCGCUCAGAGAGAGGGCACUGAGAGCGAUAGACCGGAGUCUUCUAGAAACACGUUGGAAGCUGCGCUUGAUUCCAUCCGCUACAUUACAAGGCAUGUCAUGAAGGAGAAUGACGUCCGUGAGGUGGUUGAAGAUUGGAAAUUCAUAGCACAGAUUGCCCAUGAGAACAUUUUACCUGCAUGACUGAAUAACUGACUCAACAUUUGAUCUAAAAAUGGCAGCAAAAUAUCUGAACUGUACUGGGGAGAACCUAGUGCUGGUACCCUGGCAACCAGUGCCAGCUUAUAAUCAACAGUGAAGCUCAUCUUUUGAUUGUGUUGGAAAAUUCCUGUUGUAUUUGAAGACUGAUUUCAGGACUUUUUCUGAAUUUGGUAAAGGUACACAUUUAAAAGUUUUCUUUCUUUCUGUCCUGUAUCCACAGAGUAACAGCUAAUCUUUAGCAUAUUCUUAUGCUGUGAUAUUAAAUAAGCUGACUACCUGGUGUGAUUCGAUCUAAUGUGAUGCUGCUGCUUUUCUGUAACCAACAUUGUAAAGAAUGAAAAAUGGGAAUUUCUUUAAGGAUUAUUUUAUUUCUUAGAUGCUUAAACUGAACAAUUAUUGUAUUUAUUUUUGUAGCUUACCUUCCAUUGUAAAAUCACAGUAGAUAACUCUUAUGGAGAUGCACUGGUAUCUUCUUAACAUUAACUUUAACCCCCUUAUCCACAUUUUCCAUAAUUAACCUUCUUCUAUAUAAAUUGCUGUAGCAUUUCUGUAUCCUUAAUCUGAGUCCUCUACGAUUAAGUGAAUCCCAUUUUAAAAACAUGUCCAUGGGUGCUCCCAAAUCAUACUGUGAAAACCCACCUUCAAGAUUAAAGAUGGUUUCUAAUUAGAUAGAAAUGCGUUGUUACAUGGCUGUCACAUCUCCGUUUCAUCUCCUUCUUUCCAGCAGUCACAGUACUAGAGCCGUAGAGCUGCAGGGUCUCUAGAUGUGAUGCAGUCUCACCAAUUACUGCUCAUUCAGGACCUACCACGUGUCACAGGUAACCAAGUAAGAGUCCAUGUGUGAGUGCCCUGAUUCAGCCAUGGUAGGAGUAAAACACUGCUGAAGCCCUGCAUUUUAUCUGGAACUCAUAGCUCUUGAGAGAACAAAUGCCUUAUUUAUAGUAAGUAACCCAUCUAAGGUCAAGUCUGCUUUGGAAGGCAGAGGGGAUCCUGUCUCAUUUGUGUUUUAUUGUAGGCACAUGUUUAAUGUUAUUUAACAAGUGAAAGUCUGGUUUGAGGAGUUUAAAUUGUCUGUUAGCUCUCUUAGCACAUGUAUAUCCCUAAUUCCUCUUCUACCUCCGUUACUGUUACUUAAAAUUUCUAUAAGUGAGUAAAUUUUGUAGAAAUCUUCCUUUGACUUACCGAAACAUGAGUCACAGUAAGCCGCCAUACUGUCUGUUUUAUUUUCGCAACACCAGAGCAUCAGAAUGACUAGUGAGAAGAUUAAAACGGUCUCUGCAAACCCUCGUCUCCUACUGAUGGCCAUUGAGAUUCAGAACUGCAGUAUGGAAUGCUCCCUUCUUAAUAAUCUGUCUGUAGCAGUGGUUCUCAAUUGGGGACACUUUUGCACUUGAUGGGACACUUAAUUUUUGUAGACAUUUUUGGUUGUCAUCACUGACAAGGGGACCUGGGAGGAUGUCUGGACAUCUAGUGGGUAGAGGCCAGGAUGCUGAUGAAAAUCCUCCGAUGUUCCCUCCAGUGCAGAAUGAUCUGGCCAAAAAUGCCAAUAGUGCCAAGGGUGAGAAAUGCUGUUCCAAAGGUGUAUUAGCACUGAGUGUGUGACUAGGCACACCUACUCAUAGCAUAGUUCCUUGGGACCAUGCAAGAUAACAAGCAGGCGCUCUGUGACGGGGGCACGGCCCUCAGACUCUCGGAAAACAGUGAUGAACGAGGAGUGCCUGGGAGAAACGGUAGUGGGUGGGGCACUGCUGAAAUAGUACAAAACUCCAAGGAGAUUACCGGCCAAGACAACCCUGGGGGCAAUCUGCUGUGAUACUGAACCAAAUGGAUUUUCACAUUUCUGAGCAACGUUCUGCUAUCCAGUUAUGCCUCAACCACCAAAAAAGGGGAAACAGUUUUCAUAUUUAGUCCAUAUUUACAUAUUCUGUAGUCGAGUAUACUACUUAACACGGCAGAACUAUAUUUUGAUGUUUCUCUACUUUACCAAAAAGGCUGGUUAAAUGUUCAUUUAUCUACAAUAAAUGCUCUCGACUUUUUU